GUGAUGUUGAUGAUGAUGAUGAUGAUGAUAGUUUCAUCUUUAUUUUCGAGCAAACAUGAACAAAAUAAAUUCUGUCCAUUCAGUGGCUAACUGUUGUCUAUGUUUACUAUACGUAUACGUAUCGUCGUCAUUGAAAUUCAUAUUGUGAAACACAACACUAAAAAAGAAAAGAAAAGAAAAAAUGACAGAAAAAUCAUUGUUGGUCAAUCUUUUAUGUCGUAUCGGAUCAAUGUUCCUAUUUGCCUGUAAUAAAUUUAUUCUGUUAUCAUUAUCAUUAUUAUUGAUGGUCAUUGUAUCAUCAAUAUGGACACUAACAACAACAGCGGCAACGGAAACAAAGUCAAACACUACUACUACUAUUACUACUACGAUCGCCACCAAUCAAAUUGUUCCCUUCACCAUCAGUGCCCAUAAUAAUCAUCAUUAUCAUUAUCAAUAUCGUAACGAUCAUGAAACGAUUUCAAAAUUUCAUUUUGAAUCGAAAUCAAUGAAAAUGAAAGUUGUCCAAAAAGAUUCGACCAUUCAUGAUAAUAAAUCAUCAUUGUAUAUAAAGAAUGUGAAUGAUAGCCGAAAUGAUCAACAAAUGUUGUCAACAAUAAAACAUUCCAGUGCCAAUAAUAAUAAUAAUAAUAAUAAUGAUAAAAUUCCGAAUUUCAUUAGUAAAAAUGAUAAUGAAUCUAAUUUAUCAACAACUAAAAAUCAUAAGAAUGGCAGGCAUAGAAAAAAUAAUUUCAAGAAUUUUGACAACAGUGUUGAGAAACGUCAACAACAACGAUCUAAAUUCAUUUGA